AUGCCCGAGAACGAGGCGACGCCAGAACAGCGGACGAAUAGAGUCUUCGAGCUAAUGGACAAGGACCGGGAUGACCGCAUCUCGCUAGAGGAGUUUCUUGAGGGCGUUCAGGCUGACCCAGACGUGCUCCAACUCCUCAAACUGGACACUAUAGCGUUGGGAGUUUCCGCCACGACAGGAACCCACGAGCACAACGACGUAAAUCCGGUGACCCAUCCUCAGCAGCAGCAAACACAGGCAUCGCACCUGCCGAGCGGCAAAGGGGCCGCUACUGUUUGA